UUCACCUAAGCUCACUUCACUUCUGCUUUGGCUUGGAAAUAAAGAAAACGCUUUGCACUUAUAUUUAAGCCACAUCGGUGUUUCAUUUAUAUUUAGAACUUUCUCGGCCUAAAUGUUUCGCUGGAAGGAUUAAGAAACUACUUAAUUCUCAAACAUUUGGUGACCCCGACGUGAUAUCGAAAUUUUCGCAUUUUAAUAUUUCGUGAUCGUUUGCCAAGUAGAAGUAACCUCGGUUCGCAUAUUUGUAUGUACACAGCUUUCGACAUACAUUUUCGUUGCCAUCGAGUGCAUCCAUAGGUUCAGUUAUUAGCGCGCAUAUUAUAUCGCGGAUAUUUCUCUACCGAAACCAAAAAUACUCGAUUUGUUUGCUUAAAAAUUCCAAAAAAGUCGAAACCGGGUGACGAGAGCGUUAGUCUAGCGGGUGAUAUCGCGUUUUACAAAAAGGAAUGUAAUUCCCUUCAACGGCAGCUGGAUGCUCUCAGUACCUUUUUGACAAAUGAUCGCUUAAAAGGUUUGGAUGAAGCAGAUAUUUCGGCUCGGCUUAAGCAUGCCGAACGCAUGCAGUCAAACUUUGAGAAUGCUCGCUCAGCCCUCAAGCGACUGGACAGGAAGGAAUUCGAGUCGGAUUCGGACGAAAACUUUUUCAAGGCAUAUAUUGAGCUUGAAGCGAAACUCAAUCGUGAACUAAAAUCUAAGCAAAAGGCUUGUGGCGCGCACUCAUCGACUCUACGAGCCUUCUCCUGGGAAGAAGCUGCGGUACAGCUUUCCCAACGACGGUCCAGACUACCUGAGCUGAAAAUUCCAGUUUUUAGCGGCUCAUAUCUCGAUUGGCCAUCGUUCUUCAGUACAUUUACUUCAGCAAUAGAUAAGGACAUGGAGAUGUCCAAAUUGGAAAAAAUGCAAUAUUUGAUCACCAGCCUCGAUGGAGCAGCUUUAGAUACCAUCCGCUCACUUGAUCCCACUGAAGAAAAUUAUAGCAAAGCAUUAGAUUUACUAAAAGGACGUUUUGAUAAUAAAUUGCUUAAUUUUCAGGCUCACAUAAAGGCAAUUUUCGGGCUACAACGUGUAGAGGAGGGCAUUUCAGGCGGAUUACGAAAAUUAAGCGAUCAAGUAAACGCCCAAACGCAAACUUUGGCAACUACAGAAGAAACAUAUAAUGGCUUACUCAUUCAUCUCGUGACUAGCAAACUAGAUCUACACACGCACGAAAAUGGGAGGAGAACUUGUCUACUCAAAAAUUACCGACCUGGCUAGAGAUGUCAACGUUUUUGGAAAAAAGAUGUCGCAUGGCUGAAAAUUUGGAAAAUGCUAUGGUCAAUCAGACACCUAGCAAACAGAAAACCCACAUGAUCUUGACGUGCUUACGCCAGCGCAUUUCCUCAUAGGUGGACCACUCGUAGCUAUCACUGAACCAAACGUAACACAUUUAAACAUGAACCGCCUUAGCCGAUGGCAGCGAAUUUGUCAAAUGCAGCAAAUCUUCUGGCAAAAGUGGAGCACUUCGUAUUUAUCAUUGCUACAAGAGAGGUCUAAGUGGCGUACAGCUACCCCAAAUGUACAGCAAGGUGCUAUGGUGCUUCUGAAAGACGACAACUUACCCCCCUUAAAAUGGACUCUAGGUCGAAUUGAGCGCUCAUUCACUGGUGAUGAUGGAUAUGUCAGAGCAGCAAUUAUACGAACUGCAAGCGGACUUGUAAAAAGGGCCAUAACCAAGAUUGCUGUGCUUCCGAUUGAAUCAGACAUGGUUGAAAGCCUACGCCUUCCAAUGGGGGGAGUAUGUUCGCAGCAGCAAUAGAUAUACGAUAUAUAAAUUUAUGAUAUCUCUUUAUAUGUAUCAUACAAUACGCAUGUAUAUAGAUAUUUAUGUAUAUUGAUACUCAUAUGAACUCUAAACUACCUUUUCUUACUACUGGGUUUAAAUUAGUGUAACAGUAGAAUCAUUCGAUUUUUUACCAGCGUACAAACAUAAGCAUUGCACUUGUUAUCUUAUUUUGCAUUUCCUUAUCACUAACCUUCCGCCUAUUAUAUUUAUUGUUGUGGAAAUUAUCUCAGCUAACUGUGUACAAAUAUUUUAAGCGACCGGUUUGGGUACAAUUGAAUUCGUUCACCUAAGCUCACUUCACUUCUACUUUGGCUUGGAAAUAAAGAAAACGCUUUGCACUUAUAUUUAAGACA